UGGAAGAAUCAGAUUUCUCUGAAAAGAUCUCGCCGUUCGGAUAUCGUGAGUGUUCACAUGGCGGACCUCUGUCAGCUUUUCUCUUACCUACUAUAAACCUAAAGCUCCGCUGCUUUGUAUGUUCUGUUCCACUUUCAUCUCUAUCUGCGCCGUUCCCUGAAAACAUUAAUUUCCGCUUCCGAGUUCUCCUCUCUGCCGUAUUGAGCGAGCCUUCGGGAGUUCCUCGAUCUUCCAUUCGUGGUGUUCUGCUUUAAUUUGCCGUUUCAUUUGCGAUCGAGCCGCUUUUCUAAAAUGUCCAGCACGGCUUCGCAGACGGUUCAAUCCGUCCACGAUUUCACAGUGAAAGAUGCUCGUGGAGAAGACGUAGACCUUAGUAUUUACAAGGGCAAGGUUCUGCUCAUCGUAAAUGUUGCUUCUCAAUGCGGGUUAACCAACUCAAAUUAUACCGAGAUGAGUCAGUUGUAUGAGAAGUACAAGGAUAAAGGUAUAGAGAUAUUGGCUUUCCCAUGCAACCAGUUUGCAGGCCAAGAGCCAGGUAGCAAUGAGGAGAUUGUUGAAUUCGCUUGCACACGCUUCAAAGCAGAGUACCCUAUCUUCGACAAGGUGGAUGUAAAUGGACAAAAUGCUGCCCCCAUCUACAAGUUCCUCAAGUCAAGCAAAGGUGGGCUUUUUGGGGACAGCAUCAAGUGGAACUUCUCCAAGUUUUUAGUUGACAAAGACGGUCGUGUUGUCGAUCGCUAUGCUCCCACCACCUCUCCCCUGAGCAUCGAGAAGGAUAUCAAGAAGCUUUUGGAGACUUCUUAGGCGCUGGACACGCGAACCUUAAAUAAAGUGUUUCUAUGGGGGACUAUAUCUCGAUAAAGUUGAUGAUAUUCUGUUUUAGUGUGGUUGACAGCAUUAGCUACAGUAAAAAGGCGCCAGUUUAAUGUUAUAUCUGGAUGAAGUUUGAUGAUAUUCUGUUUUAGUGCGGUUACCAGCAUUACCUAUAGUAAUAAGGCGCCAGUUAUGAUGCUCAUCAUGCCAAUGAGUGUGGUUACCAACAUUAUCUUUGUAAACCUUUUAUUAUGCUCGUAAUGCAUACAUUUAUGAAUUUAUAAAUCGCAUUCAGUAUCAAUUAGUACUA